AAAUCCUGUGUGACUCAUCCCCGGUCAAAGAUAAGAACUGGGAGCAGUAUGAGGCUAGAAGGGGAAAAGGGAAUGGAUGCGCUGGAGAGUACCGCUGCUGCCGAGAAGAUGGUAAUCCCCACGGCUCGAAGCACCCGAGUCGGCGGGCGAAGCAGAGGGGAAAGAACCAGGCUCUUCCCAAUCCCAAGUGGAAUAAUGCCGGAAUACUCCAACUAUUACCAAAUGGGUAUUGAUAAUCUCCCCAAAGGUACCGACUCAACCACCCCGGGUAGACAAAAAGGGCAACAAGCUAAAAAGGGAAUGGUAGGGAAUUAUGAGUUAAGUGCAAAACCACGACUCCAUCCUCCUUGGCAAGUUAUCGUUAUUGUAAUUCUGAUUAUAUUGUUGCCAGAAGGAUAUUCUCAAUUUUCACAUCAACCCUUUAAAUGGAUAUUAACCCGAGUAGAUGGGAAGGAAAUUCAAACUCGGAUAUCGUCUGGAUCUCCUAGUUUUACAUCGUCAUUAUGUACAUUGGCCCCCAUCGAACCAUGUCUAAAUAAAAUCGGUUUCUAUAUGUGUCCAGCAUCAAAUCCCGGAAAGGGAUAUUGCAAUUACCCCGGGGAAUACUUCUGUGGGUAUUGGGGCUGUGAAACAAUAGCAUCAGAUUGGUCAGUAGAAGGAGAUCAAUGGCUUACUGUUUCUUGGGGACCCCACGGCUGUAAAGCUCCGCAGAAGGACUGGUCUGAUGGCAAUCAAGGGAAUUGUCAAUUUGUGUAUCUGAAUGUAACUAAACCAUCAGAUCCAGGAUGGACAGUGGGACGAACAUGGGGUUUUCGGUAUGUGGAACCCGCUAAGGACAGAGGUAACAUGUUUACCAUAAAGAAGGAGCCUAUCCCACCAGAUACCCGACCAGUAGGCCCUAACCCAGUAAUAGGCAAAGAUGGAGAGCCAAGUUAUGUUGAAAUAAUCAGUAAUCAAAGUAACUCAGGAAUAGAAAAUUCAACUGUUGAUAACCAGACAAUAGUAACCCCUAGCGAGGAUUCUCGAUUUAACACCCUUUGAAAGCUGGUAGAGGGAGCGUACCGGGUCUUGAAUGUAACUAACCCCCGCUUACAGAGCAUUGUUGGCUCUGCUUUGAUGUUAAACCCCCAUUUUAUGAAGGUGUUAGAAUAUCAGAAAAGGCAAGACGUGCAAAUGGCAGUAACCCCCCUUCAUGUAAUUAAAAAGAUUCGCGGGAGCAAGAAUCACAUUAGCCUCAGUAACAGGGAAGGGGAGAUGCAUUAGCCGAGUGCCCCAGCACAUGGAGUUCCUGUGUGAAACAAUGACUACAGCAAAACGAGAGGAUAAGCCAGCCAAGUGGUUACUCCCUGCUAAAAACAUAAAGUGGAUCUGUGCAAAAGGAGGACUCACACCCUGCAUCUCCCUAGAAAUUUUCAAUGAAACCUCAGAUUACUACAUACAUGUAGUCAUAAUCCCAAAAAUUAUGUAUCACCCUCAAGACUAUGUAUAUAACCUGCAUCUACCCCAGCACACCAUCUACAAGAACGAGAACCUUUUACUACACUUACAGUGGCUGCUUUAAUGCUCAUGGGGAGAGCGGGUGUAAGCAAGGGAGUGGCCUCCUUAGUAAAACAAACGAAAGAAUUUCACUCUCUAAGGAUAGCAGUGGACGAGGACUUAGAGCGAAUAGAGCAAUCAAUAUCAGCCUUAGAGAAAUCAGUAAGAUCCCUAUCUGAAGUAGUUUUGCAAAAUAGGAGAGGAUUGGACCUCCUGUUCCUACAGCAAGGAGGGCUAUGUGCAGUGCUCAGAGAGGAGUGUUGUAUCUAUGCAGAUCACACGGGUAGUCAGGGAUACAAUGACAAAACUAAGGGAAGGAUUAGAAAAACGAAAAAGGGAAAGAGAAACCCAACAAAGUUGGUAUGAAACCUGGUUCAACAGUUCCCCAUGGCUGACUACCCUAUUGUCCACAAUUGCACGGCCCCUAAUUUUGCUGAUUUUGGGACUAACCUUUGGCCUGUGUAUUUUUAAUAGGAUCACAGACAUACUAAGGGGGAGAUUGGAGGCCGCACACCUCAUGUUGAUAAGGGCCAAAUAUGAACCCAUACUGGAGGAUCCUGAGACUAAUGAAACCUUAGCCCUUGGCUUACAAGAACUAAAAAGGUUUGAUGAACAAAAUAAAGAAAAAGAAAAGGAGGGAUUGUGAUAAGUUAGAAAGGACUCUUUGUUCAUCAACACAGAAAGGAGAAGCCUUGUGUAGAUAACAGAAAACCGCAAGACAGAAACUAGCUAAUCAUUACAGGGCCGUGGACUUUCACCGAGGAAGAAGAGAGGAGCCUUCCCCAAACGACCACCAGAGAGUAGAAGAAGACCCCCUAGCAACAGAAGGCGCAAGCGCAGAGUACACCCAGAGAUACCGCGGACACAGAAGAAAAAGAGUAUAAAAAGACUGUGGGAAGGGGGAAACGGUGUGAGCCGUAGGCGGAGCGCUGACUCCCCGGCUGCACCCAGCGCUGUUUGCUUGCCAUUGCUUGCUGUAACCAAUAAAUUUCUGAU